AUGGCAUCGGCAGCACCAGCAAUCAUGGAUGUACAGGGUGCAUUGAAAGCUGUUUUACGGUCUGCCAAUUUUGCUGAUGGGCUCGCAAAGGGUCUCCAUGAAGCUGCCAAGGCCCUUGACAAGCGUGAGGCACAUUUUUGCGUUCUGGCUGAGAACUGUGAUGAACCAAUGUAUGUGAAGCUUGUUGAAGCUCUCUGCAAUGAACAUAAUAUCCCUCUCAUCAAGGUGUCUGACAAGAAAAUCAUAGGAGAAUGGUGUGGUUUGUGCAAAUAUGAUAAGGAAGGUAAGGCACGGAAAGUUGUCGGGUGCUCUUGUGCCGUCGUCAAGGAUUACGGAAAUGAAGAACAAGGGAAGCAAGUUCUGCAGCAGUACUUUGAUUCUAAGAAGUGA